GUGAUGAAUGAAUUGAAUGGUUUGAAGACUCGCGGCAUUCAGACGACCAAACCGUUGACGUUCACCGACGACCACAUCGGGAAUGUGGGCAAAGCGGCGAUGGAGGCCAUCGACUAUCUGGUCUCCGCCUUCAACGACAAGAGUCUGAAGUUAAAGGCCAUCACAUCGAAGGGAUCUCUUCUGGAAUCGAUUAAUUUCAUCAGCGAAUCCAUUACUGAUACACAGGGCAAUUCAAACGACGACUUCAUUCUCAGCGCGUGUUUUCACUUUAUUAAAGACGAACCCAAAGACAAGGCAACCAAAGAGAGUGCUAUGAAUUCAAACGAGUCGAACAGUAUAUUCCGUGAAGUGGUUCUCCUGACCGACGACCGGAACCUACGGGUGAAGGCGUUGGGCCGUAACGUUCCGGUCAGGGGUUUACAGCAUUUCGUGAAGUGGGCCGCCAUUCGGCCGGCGGCCGACCCGAAGCGACCCAAACAACACUAAUUUCAAUUAUGAUUCAAUUCAAGAGUUAAAUCUGUGGCAAAACAAACGCCCGACUCGUGUCGUCACUCUCAGAAUCGACAACAGUAUUGCCCAACAAAUGAUUAAACACUGGAUUGGAGUUAAGAUAAACACUUAAAACUUGACCCAAAGUUAUUAUUCUUAUG